AACAGCGAAAACGCCGUAAACACUGAAAACAUUGUUUAUUGUCCAUUUGUCCAUGCAAGAUUGUUUACUGCGACAUCUACAAUCAAGUAGUAUUAGUUGCUCCUAAUUAGAGUAUAAUUAUAUGAUAGUUUCGACAACUACUGUUUCAGUAUUUGAUACUAGUGUAUGUUUAAUAAUAUUACUACCAUAGUAUCGAAUAAUCGUAUUUCAUGUUGAUCGGGUUUUCUAAUUUUAAUUAGUCCAAGAUUCAUUCCCGGAAUUAUGUAUACGAAUAGUGUACUAAGUUAUUUAACAAAAAGACAACUUGGCUAUAGCGGAUUUAAAAAUGAAUUGAGUCGCAAGUUUAUUGAUAAAAUUGGUUAUGUAUAUGAACCAAUAAAUACGAACUAUAGAACUAUCGGGAAUACUUUUGCUUGCAAGUUCAGUAGGAAUAAAAACAACUUACAUAUGGUUGGUUGUUCAACUGAAUACGGAGAAAUGAUUGUUCUAAAUUCUAAUUGUCAUUACAAUGACCAAUAUAUGCAGUAUAGAAGAAAUGUUGUACAUGACAAUGCUAUUUUUAACUUUGCCUGGGCUGAGCCACAAAUGAAUUUAAUAACGGCUUGUGGAGAUCAAUCAACUAAAUAUUUUAAUGUACUCCCAUCAGGGACUCUAGAUGGAGAAAGAGAAUUUAUUUACGGUUCAUCUGUUAAAUGUGUAAUGUUUUGUCCUGGAUCUUCAAAUGUAUUUUGUGGUGGAUGCCAAGAUAGUUCAAUAAAACUCUGGGAUGCGCGUGUAAAUAAUGGUCAAACAGUUUUGGAAUUUGAACAUACUAUACCUAAUACACAUGGUAUUUAUGGAUCAAUGUCAAAAAAAAAAAAAAAACCAAGAAAAAUGUAUGGAGUAUCUUCUGUGAUAUUUAAAACUGAUCAAACCAUUAUGUCUUGUUCUUCUAUGGAUUAUACUAUAAAAUUAUGGGACUUGCGUAAAAGUUACCGCCAAGUCAAUGGUAAUAUAGAACCAUUACCACUUAAAAAGUUUUUUAAUGGAAAUAAAAUUUCUCCGCGAUUUAAUGCUUAUACAGAUAUAAUAAUAAAUCCCCAAUCUACUUUGAUGUAUGCUAGUUGUAUAGACAAUCGUAUUUAUUGUUAUUCAUUGGAGUCUACAGAAACAAAGCCAAUAUGCAUGUAUAGUGGUCAUUUACAUGAAACUGUAUACUCUAAAAUUAGUAUUAGUCAUGACGGCCGUUAUCUGUUUAGUGGUUGUAUGAACAAUAUGGGUCUUAUAUGGUCGACAGAUUUUCCACAUGAAGAAAAACCAAUGUUUAAAAUAAAUAGUAGAUCUCCUAAAAAAGAAUUGAGUGCUUCAGAUUGGAGUGCAGAUCCAGAAAGUACUAAACUUGUUACAAGUUGUGACUCAAUGCCUGAACUGUGGUCAGUACUUACGCUUCAACAAAGAAGAUUUGCAGAUUCUUCAGUUGACCGAACUUCAUCUUAUAAACCUUUUUCAACAAAAAUUUCUACUGUUCCAAUCAAAUUCGAUACUGAACUCAGAGAAAAAUUUAAAAAAGAAACCGAAGAAACGAUGAACAAUUGGGAUAUCCAAAAUCAAAACUUAGUUCCAACUGCAGAAAAUUUAAAUGUGACUCCUAAAAAACCAUGGAAUGUAUUAUUUAAUACAAAGACAACAUCUCCAUCAUCCAUAUCAUCUCAGAAUGAAAUAACAUCCACACAUUCUACCCUUGAGGAUUCUAAUAAGAUUCCUGAAGCGGUUACACCAACUUCAAGUAAAAAUCCUGAAGCGGUUACACCAACUUCAAGUAAAAAUCUUGAAGCGGUUACACCAACUUCAAGUAAAAAUCCUGAAGCGGUUAUACCAACUUCAAGUAAAAAUCCUGAAGCGGUUAUACCAACUUCAAGUAAAAAUCCUGAAGCGGUUACACCAACUUCAAGUAGAAAACGAAAAAUAAGUGUUGUAUCCCCGAGAAGCACAAUUGACCAAUACUUGGUCUCUAAUAGCAAACGUGAAAAAUUGGAUACUGUUAAUGAAAUAUAGUUGUUAAUUUAAAUAAUAAAAUAAAUCUAAUGAUUAUAUUAUAUGGACUGACUAUUUUUAUGUACGUAGGAAAUUUGUGUUACUUUUAAAAAUAAUAUUUUUUUUUAUGGCAUUAAUUUUUGAUUUCCGUGUAUAUGUAUAUAUUUUUAAAAAUAAAUUUAUUAAAAAUGUUUUUCUUAAAUUGCUACAUUCCUUAGUUUAUACUUUAUUUAAAAUUAUUAACCUAAUAAAUAUCAGAUAUAAUAAGUUGAAUUUUUAUUGUUUUAAAAAACUUUUCUUAGUCCAAUAAAUUGUAAUAUUUCAUACUUUCUAUCAUAGGUAUAAUAAUAAUAACAAUAGUAGAGAAAUUCUGUAAUACGUUUUUAAAUUAAUAAAAAGUUAAUUAUAUUGAAUGUUAGUCCAAAAAACUAGGAUUAAUAAAUUGUUUAAGUUCAUAAAGUUAUAGAAAAGACAUAUUUAAUGAAUUAAAAUGUGUAUAAAUUUCAAUAAAUAAAUAUUCAAUGACUGCACUUAAUAUUAAAAUGUAAUAUGUAAUAUGAUAAAUAAAUAGAUUAAAUUUGAUUAUGAAAAAAAACAUUUGUAAAAAAAUGUAUUAUCCAUGGUUAAUUUUGUUUAACUUUAUUUCUAUUUAUUAUAUGUUUUUAAUUGUUAUUAUAUUAUGUUGACUUGUAUAGGUAUUAGAUUAUUACAAAUUUAUUUGUUAAAUGAAAUUUUUAAGUUUUUAAUUAUACAAGGUAGAUCUUUUAUCAUGAAAAAACUAUUAACAUUUUUUUAACAAAAAAUUAUAUCUUUUUUAGUAAAUAUUUCUUUAAAGGACUAUAUACAUUAUUAAUUCCAUAUUCUGAAGCAAAAUAUAUACAUAAAUAUCGAAAUUUGGAGAAGUAGUUAUUAAGUUAUUACACUUUGUUAUGAUGAGUGGAAUAGUUGACCAACAUUUUGCAGGAUAUCUGCUUCCAUGGGGAGUACUACUCAACACAACUUAAUAUGACUUUCCAAUUUUGAUUUAAAAAUAUAUAAAAUUAAAAAUGUAUGUGGUCCUUCAAAGAAAUAUUUUGAAAAAUGUUAAUAGUUCUUUAAAUAAAGAGUAUUUUGUAAUAGAAAAAUCACUCUAUAUGAUAUUAUAUAUCCAUCUUAAUCAUAGUUUUUUUUCUUGUACUGAUUAUAACUCGUAUGCAUGUUAUAUUAUAUUGUAAUUUAUUAAGAUUGAAAAUAUAUGUACUAAUUUAAAUAUUCGAUAAAAAAUAUAAUUUUAUUUACCAAA